AGGGUGAAAAAGGACUUUGCUCCACAUCGUGUGCCGAUCUCGUGAUGCUGCAGAAGGGAGCUCUGUGGCUGCCGGGAACAGACAGGACCGACAUCUGUAAGGCUGUGCGCCCCUGAGACUCGACCAUGGAGUGGAAAAAUGACCUGCGACGCACACAGUCAGUGAGAAGCAUCCCUUCAUCAUGUGACAAGCCGGCCUGGACCGCCACAGGACUGAGGGAUAGGGCAAUAUCUGUGUCCCAGUUAGUGGCCAGGUAUCAAACUGAAGUGGAAGUAGGCACACAGAUUGGUGCAAGCACAGGAGGUAAUGCUGCAGGAAUGACAAAGCCACCUCUGAGUGAGAUGACACCACCUUCCCGGCAAAGUACAGGGACUCAUCUGGAGUCUCCGACGAGGAAAAAUGAAGUUAGGGAGCUGGUUCCAGCCAAAGCCAAUUUGACCCGCAGUAAAUCAACGGGCAGCCUACAAAGCACCACCAGAUCCAUAGAGGCUCUUAAGACUCUGUUUGAGACAAAGUCAACGGCAAAAAACAAAGUGAAGAGCGAUUUUAAGGCUGCAGGCAUCACGCCGAGGCACACUGCAGACGUGCCAGUGAUGAAUGGAGAGGCUGAGGAUGUGCAGCUUGCUGCAGAGCAACAGAAAGUACCAGCUGGAAAAAACACUAAAAAAGAUGCAAAAGAGGAUCAUGAAAGAAAAAAGGUAGUAAAUCAGAUCGAGAGGAGAAAAACAAUAGGGGGCGUUGAUUUUGAAAAAAUAAGAGCAUCUGAAGCUGAUGAAAAGAGGAGGUCAAUCGCCGACUUCAGAAACAGUUCUUUCAUCCAAACCAAGGAGACACUGUCUGUGUCGGUGAAAGCGAUGUCGGCUCUCUAUCUGUCUAAAGUGGCGAAUCAGGAAUCAAAACAGGCUCUUUCUAAACCGAUGGCAGAAGACUCACAACAAAGGAAAGAUGAUGUCCACCAGCUUCCUAAACAGACAUGUCCGCCGGGAACGGAAGACAUCCACGGGGCUCACUCACAACAGUUAGUGCCAUCCCAACUUUCCAAAGAAAAGUUGUACCAACAACGGCAGAAAUGCGAGCUGAGGCGGCUCCUGAAGCACACCCACCCCGAGCUGAGGAUGCUGGAGGAUGCUGUGGACGAGGAGUUUGCUGAGAUUUUGAGCUCUGAGAGUGCGACAGCUGGUGAAACCGGAUACGAGGGAGAGGUUCUUUCAAGAUGCUUGUUAUUUGAGAACCCUGGCCUCAGUAACAAUGUGCCUCCCUGCACCCCCAAGAUCCAUAUGGCAGGAGCAGUGAAAAGACAGGAUUUCAGUGAAACAGCACCAGGUUUUGAUGGGACAGUGGACGGGCCUUGCACUGAGAGCGCCAAAGGGUUCGUAGAAGAUGAAAAAUCUGCCCAGUUUGGGCCAGAUCUAAACAGAGAGUGUGAGGAUGAGGUGGGGCGAGACGUAAAACAGGGAGGCAAAGUUGAGAUGAGGGAAAGGAAAGGACAAACGGAGACAGAGUUUGAACGUCGACAGCGGCUUUCUGUUCACAUGGAUGAGAUCAUGAGGGGCAACAUGACAACGGCCAUGGAAAUUUUUGAUAACCUACGAAAGCAAGAGCAGCUACAGAGCAUUCUCAGCCGGGUUGAAGAAAUCGAGCAGGACACGACAUUUAUCUCCAUUCAGUCUGCAGCCAGAAAGAGGAAUGAAGUAGGAGUAGCGCCGCCCGAACCCACAAUGUGCCCCGCGUGUCGGCGGAGCCCCAAACCCGAGGAGAAAUUCAGGACGACAAAGACGGUGACCUGCAACAGUCCGGCUCAAAAAAGGAAAACAGUCCCCACAAAGAAAGGGAAAAGACAGUGCAAUCACAGCCCUCCAAGCUCUAACCGAGAGGUCACGGUGCUGCAGGUGCAAACUGACAGUGAAGGCAACAGCAUUGCAGGGACAAUCACAGAAAAUUAUGAGAGGGCUGAUAACUUUGGAAACAGGUUUCACUCCUCCAAAACCUCCAAUGUCGUCGAUAUUCUGCCUGAAACCCCGACCACAAGUCAGGCCGCCAUCAGCCCAGCCAACUAUCAGGUCGCACCUCACCCCAAGGAGAAAGCUUUUCAGAUGGUGGCUGAGACGAGACAGAAAAUGUGACGGUCCCACCAUCACAUCAUGUUCAUGCUCUGUGGGUGUGGAAAGGAGUGUUACGGCUACUUAAGUGCAGCUAUGUAACGCGAUCAACGCCUCGUCCUUCAUGCAAUUUUACCUAAUUACAUUAUUUGUUAUUAUGAUUACAGACACAAAUUAAUAAUUGUUUUCCACAGUGUUUUCAAGUGGUAUCAUGAUUGGAUUUUUUAUUUAUGGGAAAAUUACAUAUCCAAGAAGAAUCAGAGAUCCAUUUUUUCGGCAUUUUCUAAGAGAUCAUCCCACAAUUUUGUUUUUAUUUCUCUCUCUAAAGAUUAGAUAAUGAUUAAAUGAAAAGGUUAAAUAUAUUUGGACUCAUAAUGGUGUCAUAAUGGAAACAAACCUGAAGCUGGCACAUUCUUGCCUAUCUCAAUUAUUUGUGUAAAAUAUUUGUAAUUUGAUAACCUGUUAUGAAGGAAAGCAGGGACAUGUUUGUACAGAAAGUGAAUAAAACCAAACACUCAACUUCCCAUUCAUGUGCCCAUAGACAUUUAGAAUUUCCCAAAUCUGCUUUUUCUUUCAAGCAAAAGUUUCAUUUUACAACUGUUUCAGGAUUAAAUUUUUCCAUGGCUCAGUCCCUUCAAGCAAAUUGUCCUCACUAUCUAUUAGUCAACUAAAGUUUUACAACAACUCCGGCUUGUUCUUGUGUCCAGUUUGUGUAAAAAGCAAAGGCUGAUCUAGC